AUGUGGGAUCCGUUUCGCGAUGUGGAGCGCCUUCUCAAUCGCAUGCAGUCCGUCACCGGCACGAGUUUUCUCUCCACAUCCGCUCGUGGAUCAUGGGUGCCGGCGAUGGACAUUGUCGAGAGGGAGGACAGCUACAAGAUUCUUGCUGACUUGCCCGGCAUGAGCCGCAACGACGUCUCUGUGGAGAUUGAGGGCAGCCAACUGUGCAUUGGAGGCAACCGCAAGUCCAUGCUGAGUGAAGAGGAACACAAAAACGUUGUGAUGGCAGAGCGCGGUUCCGGGAGAUUUGAGCGCUGCGUGCGACUUCCCUCACCCCUUGAAGAGGGCAGCGUGAAGGCCAGCCUGCGUGAUUCGGUGCUGCUCGUGGAGGUGAAGAAAGUGACGGACGCCGUGCGGAAGCGCUCGGGGAUCUCCGUGAAGAUCAAUUAG